UCAAAGAACAUUCGGCAGAAGAGGAUGCUGAAGCAGAAGUAGAUAACAGCAAACAACCUGUUCCCGCUCUUCAGCGAUCUGUGUCUGAGGAAUCUGCACACUCCCUGGUCUCUGUUGGUGUAGAAGCCAAAAUCAGUGAACAGCUCUGCGCUUUUUGUUACUGUGGGGAAAAAAGUUCCUUAGGACAAGGAGACUUAAAACAAUUCAGAGUAACACCUGGAUUUAUCUUGCCAUGGAGAAACCAACCUUCUAACAAGAAGGACGCUGAUGACAACAGCAAUGGAACCCAUGAGAAAAUACAAAACUUGGCAUCACGAAAACAAAGAGGACAGAGAAAAGAACGAUCUCCUCAGCAGAAUAUAGUCACCUGUGUAAGUGUAAGCACCCAGACAGCUUCAGAUGAGCAGGCUGGUAAACUAUGGGAUGAACUCAGUCUAGUUGGCCUUCCAGAUGCCAUUGAUGUCCAAGCCUUAUUUGAUCCUACAGGCACUUGUUGGGCUCAUCACCGUUGUGUGGAGUGGUCACUAGGAGUAUACCAGAUGGAAGAACCGCUGUUAGUAAACGUGGACAAAGCUGUUGUCUCAGGGAGCACAGAACGAUGUGCAUUUUGUAAGCACCUUGGAGCCACUAUCAAAUGCUGUGAAGAGAAAUGUACCCAGAUGUACCAUUACCCUUGUGCUGCUGGCGCCGGCACCUUUCAGGAUUUCAGUCACAUCUUCCUUCUUUGUCCAGAGCAUAUUGACCAAGCUCCUGAAAGAUCGAAGGAAGAUGCAAACUGUGCAGUGUGCGACAGCCCGGGAGACCUCUUAGAUCAGUUCUUUUGUACUACUUGUGGUCAGCACUAUCAUGGAAUGUGCCUGGAUAUAGCGGUUACUCCAUUAAAACGUGCAGGUUGGCAAUGUCCUGAGUGCAAAGUGUGCCAGAACUGCAAACAAUCGGGAGAAGAUAGCAAGAUGCUAGUGUGUGAUACGUGUGACAAAGGGUAUCAUACUUUUUGUCUUCAACCUGUUAUGAAUUCAGUACCAACCAAUGGCUGGAAAUGCAAAAAUUGCAGAAUAUGUGUAGAGUGUGGCACACGAUCUAGUUCUCAGUGGCACCACAAUUGCCUGAUAUGUGACAGUUGUUACCAACAGCAGGAUAACUUAUGUCCUUUCUGUGGGAAAUGCUAUCAUCCAGAAUUGCAGAAAGACAUGCUUCACUGUAAUAUGUGCAAAAGAUGGGUUCACUUAGAAUGUGAUAAAGCAACAGAUCAUGAACUGGAUUCUCAGCUCAAAGAAGAAUAUAUCUGCAUGUAUUGUAAACACUUAGGCGCUGAGAUGGAUCCAUUACAACCAGGUGAUGAAGUAGAGAUGGCUGAACUUGCUACAGAUUAUAACACUGAGAUGGAAGUCGAAGGCCCUGAAGACCCAAUGGAAUUUUUGGAGCCCGCGGUUAAUAAAGAUGUCAAUUGUCAAGAUUCCACCCCUGGAAUUGUUCCAGAUGCAGUUCAAGUCCACACUGAAGAGCAGCAGAAGAGUAAGCCAUCAGAAAGUCUUGACACAGAUAGUCUUCUCAUUUCUGAACCAUCCCAAAAUCAAAUGAAUACUGAAGCAGAAAAUCAGACUUCUAAUGAAAUUGAUAGUGAAAAAAGGGAAAUAUCUUCUAAAGUGAUGCAUUAUUGUGAUGAAGAUAAAAGUGAAGACAAAAUGGAAGUGGCAGAAAACAUCAAAGUUCUUCCUCACGAGAUCAUUGUGCGGCAAGAGGAAUUGCAAUUUUUAGAGGAACCUAAAACAAUGAUAUUCAAAAAAGAAUCAAGGCCUCCAAAACUAGUUGGUGAAUCUAUCACUGUCCCACCAGAAGCCUUAGUGUCCCUACUUGAGGAAGGUACCUCAUUAGGUUCUAAGGAAGCGUCAGUUGUAGAAAGGAUACAAGAAAAACUGGAACAGAAAGAAAAUUCUGAAUUUUCCACCAGACUGAUGGACUCUGAAAUGACUCCUGUAAUUGAGAAUUGUGUGAAAGAUGGUUCAUGCCAAGGAGAUAAAUCUAUAAAAUUAUCAUCUGAGACAGAGGCAUUAUUUUCAUCAGCAGCAGACAUUAGUAAGGCAGAUGUGUCUUCCUCUUCAACACUUUCUUCAGACUUGCCUUCACAUGACAUACUGCAUAGAUAUCCAUCAACUCUCAGUUCUUCUACUGGAAACAUCAUGCCAACAACUUACAUCUCAGUCACUCCAAAAAUUGGCAUGGGUAAACCAGCUAUUACUAAAAGAAAAUUUUCUCCUGGUAGACCUCGGUCCAAACAGGGGGCUUGGAGUACCAAUAAUACAGUGAGCCCACCUUCCUGGUCCCCAGACAUUUCAGAAGGUCGGGAAAUUUUUAAACCCAGGCAGCUUCCUGGCAGUGCCAUUUGGAGCAUCAAAGUGGGCCGUGGAUCUGGAUUUCCAGGAAAGCGGAGACCGCGAGGUGCAGGACUGUCAGGACGAGGUGGCAGAGGAAGGUCAAAAUUAAAAAGUGGAAUCGGAGCUGUUGUGUUACCUGGGGUGUCUGCUGCAGAUAUUUUAUCAAAUAAGGAUGAAGAAGAAAACUCUAUGCACAAUACAGUUGUAUUGUUUUCUAGUAGUGACAAGUUCACUUUGAAUCAGGAUAUGUGUGUAGUUUGUGGCAGUUUUGGCCAAGGAGCAGAAGGAAGAUUACUUGCUUGUUCUCAGUGUGGUCAGUGUUACCAUCCAUACUGUGUCAGUAUUAAGAUCACUAAAGUGGUUCUUAGCAAAGGUUGGAGGUGUCUUGAGUGCACUGUGUGUGAGGCCUGUGGGAAGGCAACUGACCCAGGAAGACUCCUGCUGUGUGAUGAUUGUGACAUAAGUUAUCACACCUACUGCCUAGACCCUCCAUUGCAGACAGUUCCUAAAGGAGGCUGGAAGUGCAAAUGGUGUGUUUGGUGCAGACACUGUGGAGCAACAUCUGCAGGUCUACGAUGUGAAUGGCAGAACAACUACACACAGUGUGCUCCUUGUGCGAGCUCAUCUUCCUGCCCGGUCUGCUGUCGAAACUAUAGAGAAGACGACCUUAUUCUGCAGUGUAGACAGUGUGAUAGAUGGAUGCAUGCAGUUUGUCAAAACUUAAAUACUGAGGAAGAAGUGGAAAAUGUAGCAGACAUUGGUUUUGAUUGUAGCAUGUGCAGACCCUAUAUGCCUGCGUCUAAUGUGCCUUCCUCAGAUUGCUGUGAAUCUUCACUUGUAGCACAAAUUGUCACAAAAGUAAAAGAGCUAGACCCACCCAAGACUUACACCCAGGAUGGUGUGUGUUUAACCGAAUCAGGGAUGACUCAGUUACAAAGCCUCACAGUCACAGUUCCAAGAAGAAAGCGAUCAAAACCAAAAUUGAAAUUGAAGAUUAUAAAUCAGAAUAGUGUGGCUGUCCUUCAGACCCCUCCAGACAUCCAGUCAGAGCAUUCAAGGGACGGUGAAAUGGAUGAUAGUCGAGAAGGUGAACUUAUGGAUUGUGAUGGAAAAUCAGAAUCUAGUCCUGAGCGGGAAGCUGUGGAUGAUGAAACUAAGGGAGUAGAAGGAACAGAUGGUGUCAAAAAGCGAAAAAGGAAACCAUACAGACCAGGUAUUGGUGGAUUUAUGGUGCGGCAAAGAAGUCGAACUGGGCAAGGAAAAACCAAAAGAUCUGUGAUCAGAAAAGAUUCCUCAGGCUCUAUUUCUGAGCAAUUACCUAGCAGAGAUGAUGGCUGGAGUGAACAGUUACCAGAUACUCUAGUUGAUGAAUCUGUUUCUGUUACUGAAGGCACUGAAAAAAUAAAGAAGAGAUACCGAAAAAGGAAAAAUAAGCUUGAAGAAACCUUCCCUGCCUAUUUACAAGAAGCUUUUUUUGGAAAAGAUCUUCUAGAUACAAGUAGACAAAACAAGCUGAGUUUAGAUAAUCUAUCAGAAGAUGCAGCUCAGCUUUCAUAUAAAACAAACACGAACACAGGUUUCUUGGAUCCUUUAGAUCCACUACUUAGUUCAUCCUCAGCUCCAGCAAAAUCUGGAACUCAAGGUACUGCUGAUGACCCAUUAGCUGAUAUUUCUGAAGUUUUAAAUACAGAUGAUGACAUUCUUGGAAUAAUUUCAGAUGACCUAGCAAAAUCGGUUGAUCAUUCAGGUCUUGAUUUAUGCACUUUCCAGGUUGAGAGCUCACCUUUUCCAUUUGAUAUUGGUCCCAUCGCUGAUGAUCCUUCCUCUUUGCCUCAGCCAAGUGUCAAUCAGAAUUCACGACCAUUAAGCGAAGAGCAACUAGAUGGGAUCCUCAGUCCAGAACUAGACAAAAUGGUCACAGAUGGUAAAAUAUUUGCCCUACAUCUAGGCUUUCUAAAAAACAUGAGAGCAAUUCUUGGGAAGUUAUAUAAAAUUCCAGAGCUUGGAGGAAAGGAUGUAGAAGACUUAUUUACUGCUGUACUUAGUCCUGUAACCACUCAGCCAGCUCCAUUACCACAGCCUCCCCCUCCAACACAGCUGUUGCCAAUACACAACCAGGAUGUUUUUUCACGGAUGCCACUCAUGAAUGGUCUUAUUGGACCCAAUCCUCAUCUCCCACAUAAUUCUUUGCCUCCUGGAAGUGGACUGGGAACUUUCCCUGCAAUAGCACAAUCGCCUUAUCCUGAUACCAGGGAUAAAAAUCCAGCAUUUAAUUCGAUGGCAAGUGACCCUAACAACUCUUGGACAUCAUCAGCUCCCACUAUGGAAGGAGAAAAUGAUACAAUGUCAAAUGCCCAGAGAAGUACAUUGAAGUGGGAGAAAGAGGAGGCUCUGGGUGAAAUGGCAACAGUAGCACCAGUUCUUUACACAAAUAUUAAUUUCCCAAACUUAAAGGAAGAAUUCCCAGAUUGGACUACUAGAGUGAAGCAAAUAGCUAAAUUGUGGAGAAAAGCAAGCUCUCAGGAAAGAGCACCAUAUGUGCAAAAAGCCAGAGAUAACAGAGCUGCUUUACGCAUUAAUAAAGUACAGAUGUCGAACGACUCCAUGAAAAGGCAGCAGCAACAAGAUAGCAUCGAUCCCAGCUCUCGUAUUGAUUCAGAUCUUUUUAAAGAUCCAUUAAAGCAACGAGAAUCAGAACAUGAACAGGAAUGGAAAUUUAGACAGCAAAUGCGCCAGAAAAGUAAGCAGCAAGCUAAAAUUGAAGCCACACAGAAACUUGAACAGGUGAAAAAUGAGCAACAACAGCAGCAGCAGCAGCAGCAGCAGCAGUUUGGUUCUCAGCAUCUCCUGGUGCAGUCGGGUUCGGAUACACCAAGUAGCGGGAUGCAGAGUCCCUUGACACCUCAGCCUGGCAAUGGAAGUAUGUCUCCUGCACAGUCAUUCCAUAAAGACCUGUUCACAAAACAGCCACCCAGUACCCCUGCAUCUACAUCUUCAGAUGACGUGUUUGUAAAACCACAAGCUCCACCUCCUCCUCCAGCUCCAUCGCGGAUUCCAAUUCAGGAGAAUAUUUCUCAGCCUCAGACUUCUCAGCCGCCUUCACCACAGAUGUUUUCACCUGGCUCCUCUAACUCCCGGCCACCGUCUCCAAUGGAUCCUUAUGCGAAAAUGGUUGGUACCCCUAGACCACCUCCUGGGGGUCAUAGUUUUCCCAGAAGAAAUUCUGCUGCACCGGUGGAAAACUGUUCUCCUUUAUCGUCAGUGUCUAGGCCCAUUCAAAUGAGUGAGUCAACAACAAAUAGGCCAUCCCCCAUCAGAGACUUAUGUUCUUCCUCCACAGCAAAUAGUGACCCCUAUGCAAAGCCUCCAGAUACACCUAGGCCUGUGAUGACAGAUCAGUUUUCCAAAUCUUUAGGCCUACCCCGGUCUCCUGUGGUUUCAGAGCAAACUGCAAAAGGUCCUGUAGCAGCUGGAACCAUCGAUCACUUUACUAAACCGUCUCCUAGGGCAGAUGUGUUUCAGAGACAAAGGAUACCUGACCCAUAUGUACGACCCUUGUUGACAUCUGCACCUCUUGAUAGUGGUCCUGGACCUUUUAAGACUCCAAUGCAGCCUCCUCCAUCCUCUCAGGAUGCUUAUGGAUCAGUGUCACAGGCGUCAAGACGAUUGCCUAUUGACCCUUAUGAAAGGCCUACUUUGACACCAAGACCUCUAGAUAAUUUUUCUCACAGUCAGUCAAGUGAUCCAUAUAGCCAGCCUCCUCUGACUCCACAUCCGGCAAUGAAUGAAUCUUUUGCCCAUCCUUCAAGGGCUUUUCCCCAGCCGGGAACUAUAUCAAGGCCCACAUCUCAGGAUCCAUAUUCCCAACCCCCAGGAACUCCAAGACCUGUUGUAGAUUCUUAUUCCCAACCCUCAGGAACAGCUCGGUCCAAUACAGACCCUUAUUCUCAACCUCCUGGAACUCCCCGGCCUACCCCUAUUGACCUAUAUAGUCAGCAGCCUCCAACCCCAAGACCAUCUACACAAACCGACUUGUUUGUUACGUCUGCAACUAAUCAGAGGCACUCUGAUCCAUAUGCUCAUCCUCCUGGAACACCAAGACCUGGAAUUUCUGUUCCUUACUCUCAACCACCAGCAACACCAAGGCCAAGGAUUUCAGACGGUUUUACUAGGUCUUCAUUGACAAGACCAACCCUCGUGCCAAAUCAGGAUCCUUUCCUACAAGCAACACAAAAUCGAGGACCAUUGGUAAGGCCCCCUGAUACGUGUUCCCAGACACCUAGGCCACCUGGACCUGGUCUUCCAGACACAUUUAGCCGUGUUUCUCCGUCUGCUGCUCGUGAUCCCUAUGAUCAGCCUCCAAUGACGCCACGAUCCCAGUCUGACUCUUUUGGAGCAAGUCAAGUUGCUCAUGAUGUUGCUGAUCAGCCGAGACCUGGGUCAGAGGGGAGCUUCAGUACAUCUUCAAACUCUCCAAUGAAUCCUCAAGGCCAGCAGUUUUCUGGUGUCUCCCAACUUCCUGGACCUGUACCAACAUCAGGAGUAACUGACACGCAGAAUACUGUAAAUAUGUCUCAAGCAGAUACAGAGAAGUUGAGACAGCGGCAGAAGUUACGUGAAAUCAUUCUCCAGCAGCAACAGCAGAAGAAGAUUGCAGGUCGACAGGAGAAGGGGUCACAGGAUUCACCAGCGGUGCCUCCUCCGGGGCCUCUUCAGCACUGGCCACCCGAGAAUACCAACCAGGCUUUCACUAGACCCCCACCUCCCUAUCCUGGGAACAUUAGGUCCCCCAUUGUCCCUCCUUUAGGACCUAGAUAUGCUGUUUUCCCAAAAGAUCAGCGCGGACCCUAUCCUGAUGUUGCUAGUAUGGGAAUGAGACCUCAUGGAUUUAGAUUUGGAUUUCCAGGAGGUAGUCAUGGUACCAUGCCAAGUCAAGAACGCUUUCUUGUGCCUCCUCAGCAAAUACAAGGAUCUGGAGUUCCUCCACAGCUGAGAAGAUCAAUGUCUGUAGAUAUGCCCAGGCCUUUAAAUAACUCACAAAUGAGUAAUCCAGUUGGACUUACUCAGCAUUUUCCUCCACAGAGUCUACCAGUCCAGCAACACAACAUACUGGGCCAAGCAUUUAUUGAAUUGAGGCACAGGGCCCCUGAUGGAAGGCCACGGCUGCCUUUUAGUGCUGCUCCUGGCAGCGUAGUAGAAGCGCCUUCUCAUCCAAGACAUGGCAACUUCAUGCCCCGGCCGGACUUCCCCAGCUCUAGGCACACAGACCCAAUAAGACGACCUCCCCAGGGUCUACCUAAUCAGCUACCUGUGCAUCCAAAUUUGGAACAAGUGCCAUCAUCUCAGCAAGAGCAAGGACAUCCUGUUCAUUCAUCUUCUGUGGUCAUGAGGUCUCUCAGUCAUCCGUUAGGUGGUGAAUUUUCAGAGGCCUCUAUGUCAACAUCUACACCAGCUGAAACAACAUCUGAUAAUAUACAGAUAACCAGCCAAUCUUCUGAUGGUCUAGAAGAAAAACUCGAUUCUGAUGACCCCUCUGUGAAAGAACUGGAUGUUAAAGACCUUGAGGGCGUCGAAGUCAAAGACUUAGAUGAUGAAGAUCUUGAAAAUUUAAAUUUAGAUACAGAGGAUGGCAAGGGAGAUGAGUUAGAUACCUUAGAUAAUUUGGAAGCUAAUGAUCCCAACCUAGAUGACCUCUUAAGGUCAGGAGAGUUUGAUAUCAUUGCAUAUACAGAUCCAGAACUUGACCUAGGAGAUAAGAAAAGUAUGUUUAAUGAGGAACUAGACCUUAAUGUUCCAAUUGAUGAUAAGUUAGAUAAUCAGUGUGUAUCUGUUGAGCCCCCCAAAAAGGAACAAGACGACAAAACUGUGCUGCUCUCUGAUAAACACUCUCCACAAAAAAAAUCCACUGUUACCAGUGAGGUAAAAACAGAAGUGCUUUCUCCAAAUUCUAAAGUGGAAUCCAAAUGUGAAAUUGAACAAUGUGAUGAGAGUAAAGAUAACACUGACACUCCCCACUCCCAGGCUUCUCCUCACCAAAAUCUAGAUGAUGGAGAAAAGAAUUCUUUGCAGCCUUCUGAUGCAGAUCUACUUGAGAAAGGAACUAAUCAAGAAACUGCUGGCUCCAAUGAAAGUGUCAUUGAAGGAUCCCCUCAGCUGCCUGCUCAAGAUGUAACAAACUCUUGUGGCAUAACUGGAUCAACUCCAGUUCUCUCAAGUUUACUGGCUAAUGAAAAGUCUGAUAAUUCAGAUGUUAGACCAUUGGGUUCUCCAACACCAACUCUGCCAGCCUCACCAUCCAAUCAUGUGUCAAGUUUGCCUCCUUUAAUAGCACCACCCGGCCAUGUUUUGGAUAAUACCAUGAAUUCUAAUGUAACAGUGGUCUCUAGGGUAAACCAUGCUUUUUCUCAGAGUGUGCAGGUAAAUCCAGGAUUCAUUCAGGGUCAGUCAACAGUUAACCACAAUUUGGGGACAGCAAAACCUACAAAUCAAACCAUGCCUCUAACAAAUCAGUCUGGUACCAAUGGCAUGUCUGGACCCCAACAGCUAAUGAUUCCUCAGACAUUAGCCCAGCAGAAUAGAGAGAGGCCCCUCCUUCUAGAGGAACAGCCUCUACUUCUACAGGAUCUUUUGGAUCAAGAGAGGCAAGAACAGCAGCAGCAAAGACAGAUGCAAGCCAUGAUCCGUCAGCGGUCAGAACCGUUCUUCCCCAAUAUUGAUUUUGAUGCAAUUACAGAUCCUAUAAUGAAAGCCAAAAUGGUGGCCCUUAAGGGCAUAAAUAAAGUGAUGGCACAAAACAAUCUGGGCAUGCCCCCAAUGGUGAUGAGCAGAUUCCCCUUUAUGGGCCAGCCGGUGGCUGGGACACAGAAUAAUGAAGGCCAGAAUCUUGUACCACAGGUCAUUCCUCAGGAUGGCAGUAUAACACAUCAGAUUUCUAGGCCUAAUCCUCCAAAUUUUGGUCCAGGCUUUGUCAAUGAUUCACAGCGAAAGCAGUAUGAAGAAUGGCUUCAGGAGACCCAACAACUUCUUCAGAUGCAGCAGAAAUAUCUUGAAGAACAAAUUGGUGCACACAGAAAAUCUAAGAAGGCCCUGUCAGCUAAACAACGCACUGCCAAGAAAGCUGGGCGUGAAUUUCCAGAAGAAGAUGCAGAACAACUCAAGCAUGUUACUGAACAGCAAAGUAUGGUUCAGAAACAGCUAGAACAGAUUCGUAAACAACAGAAAGAGCAUGCUGAGUUAAUUGAAGAUUAUCGGAUCAAACAGCAGCAACAGCAACAGCAAUGUGCAAUGGCCCCACCUGCCAUGAUGCCUGGUGUUCAGGCCCAGCCACCCCUAGUUCCAGGUGCCACUCCACCCACCAUGAGCCAGCCUACCUUUCCCAUGGUGCCACAGCAGCUUCAGCACCAGCAACACACAGCAGUCAUUUCUGGCCACACCAGCCCUGCUAGAAUGCCCAGCUUACCUGGAUGGCAAUCCACUAGUGCUCCUACUCACCUCCCCCUCAAUCCUAGGAUGCAGCCCCCAAUUGCCCAGUUACCAAUAAAAACUUGCACACCAGCACCAGGGGCAGUGUCAAAUGCAAAUCCACAGAGUGGACCACCACCUCGGGUAGAAUUUGAUGACAACAACCCCUUUAGUGAAAGUUUUCAAGAACGGGAACGUAAGGAACGUUUACGAGAACAGCAAGAGAGACAGCGAAUUCAACUCAUGCAAGAAGUAGACAGACAGAGAGCUUUGCAGCAGAGGAUGGAAAUGGAGCAGCAUGGCCUGGUAGGCUCAGAGAUUAGUAGGACGUCUGUAUCCCAGAUUCCCUUCUACAGUGCUGACCUACCUUGUGAUUUUAUGCAGCCGCCAAGACCCCUGCAGCAGUCUCCACAACACCAACAGCAGAUGGGGCAGGUUUUACAGCAUCAGAAUAUGCAACAAGGAUCUGUUAAUUCGGCCUCCACCCAGACUUUAGUGCAAACCAAUGAGCGGAGGCAGGUAGGACCUCCCCCCUUUGUUCCUGAUUCCCCAUCGAUUCCUGUUGGAAGUCCAAAUUUCCACUCUGUUAAGCAGGGACAUGCCAGCUUCCAGCAGUCCCCAGUGAGGCCUCCCUUUACACCUGCUUUACCAGCAGCACCUUCAGCAGCUAAUAGCAGUCUGCCAUGUGGCCAGGACCCUGCUGUACCCCAUGGACAGAAUUAUCCAGGAUCAACCCAGUCUCUCAUUCAGUUGUACUCUGAUAUAAUCCCAGAAGAAAAAGGGAAAAAGAAAAGAACAAGAAAAAAGAAAAAAGAUGAUGACACAGAGUCCAAGGCGCCAUCAACUCCCCAUUCAGAUAUAACUGCUCCACCAACUCCAAGCAUCUCAGAAACUACCUCUACUCCUGCAGUUAGCACACCUAGCGAGCUUCCUCAACAAGCAGAGCAAGAGUCAGUGGAGCCGGUGGGCCCGUCGACUCCCAAUAUGGCGGCAGGUCAGCUGGGUGCAGAAUUGGAGAGCAAACUGCCCAGUAGUGAUUUUUCACAAGGAACUCCAAAUCAACACUCUUAUGCAAAUUCCGAGGUGGAGAAGCUCUCCAUGGAAACCCCUGCCAAAACCGAAGACAUAAAACUAGAAAAGACUGAGACAGAGUUGAGCCCAGGCCAAGAGGAAGCUAGAUUGGAGGAACAAACUGGUAGUAAGGUAGAAGAAAAUGUAGUAUCCUGUCCUGUCUCCUCAGCACAGAGUCCUCCACAUUCUGUCGUGGCCCCUGCUGCUAAAGGAGAUUCAGGGAAUGAACUUCUGAAACACUUGUUGAAAAAUAAAAAGUCAUCUUCCCUUUUAAAUCAAAAACCUGAAGGCAGUUUUUGUUCAGAAGACAACUGUACAAAGGAUAAUAAGCUAGUUGAGAAGCAGAACCCAGCUGAAGGAUUGCAAACUUUGGGGGCACAAAUGCAAAGUGGUUUUGGAUGCGGCAACAACCAGUUGCCAAAAACAGAUGGAGGAAGUGAAAUCAAGAAACAGCGAAGCAAACGGGCUCAGAGGACUGGUGAGAAAGCAGCUCCUCGCUCAAAGAAAAGAAAAAAGGACGAAGAAGAGAAACAAGCUAUGUACUCUAACUCUGACACGUUUACCCACUUGAAACAGCAGCUCUCUCUGCUCCCUCUAAUGGAACCAAUCAUUGGAGUGAACUUUGCGCACUUUCUUCCUUAUGGCAGUGGCCAAUUUAAUAGUGGGAAUCGACUUCUAGGAACUUUUGGCAGUGCUACCCUUGAAGGGGUUUCGGACUACUAUUCUCAGUUGAUCUACAAGCAGAAUAAUUUAAGUAAUCCUCCAACACCCCCUGCCUCUCUUCCUCCUACACCACCUCCUAUGGCUUGUCAGAAGAUGGCAAAUGGUUUCGCAACAACUGAAGAACUUGCUGGAAAAGCCGGAGUGUUAGUGAGCCAUGAAGUUACCAAAACUCUGGGACCCAAACCAUUUCAGCUUCCGUUCAGACCCCAGGAUGACUUGUUGGUCAGAGCUCUUGCUCAAGGCCCCAAGACCGUUGAUGUUCCAGCCUCACUCCCAACACCACCUCAUAACAAUCAAGAAGAAUUAAGGUAGAGGCUCCCUUUUUCUCAAG